UAAUUUAUUAAUAAUUUAAUCAUUAAUUAGAAAAUAAAUUAUAACUUAAAAUGGAUAAAGUUUAUUUAUUUUUUAAUCAGAGGAAAUAUUAAAAAAAAAAAAGUAAAAAAACAAAAGAAACGUGUCAGCCAUGCUGCCAAUCAUCAACGAAACAAACAAAGACAUGAAAAAUAACAAAAGAAAGAAACUGACAUUUAACCUUGUAAAAUUAAGAAUAUAAAUAGGUAAAUUAAGUUUCUUACGCUUCAGACCUUGACAUGCUUCUAUUAUCAGCUUUCAUUUCGGGAAAUGGUGUAAUUCACCAAUUUAAACAUGGCGUUUUUAUAAAUAAAAACAAAUAAAUGGUGUCUGAAUAUCCUAAUUAUUCUGAUUUCUAUGAUGUUGAUCAACCGAUAUUGACUAAAAAUGUUCCAUUGUCGUUUAUGUAUAUGAUCUUUAUCUACCAACACCGCCUAUUGUCCACAAGACCCAGCGUACAGAGAGAAAUUAUCAGUGAGAGAAAUGAGUAAGAAACAGAAGCCAAAGGCAAUAAUAGUGGGAGGAAGCAUAGCAGGAAUAUCAUGUGCGCAUGCUCUCAUUUCAGCAGGAUGGAAUGUUCUUGUGCUUGAGAAAUCAAACUCACCUCCUAAGGGCAGCUCUACUGGUGCUGGACUUCGUAUUGACCUUCUUUCUCAGAAAAUCAUCAAGUCAUGGUUUUCCCAACCUCAGCGUUUUCAAGAAAUCACCUUUCCUCUCGCAAUGGAUCAGAAUGUAGUAACAGAUGGAGAUAACACCAUUAGGAUAUUGACAAGAGAUGAGAAUUUCAAUUUUAGAACUGCACAUUGGGCUGAUCUCCAUGGCCUUCUAUACAAUGACUUGCCACCUGAGAUAUUUUUAUGGGGCUACCUUUGCUUUUCUUUCUGCAAUUCUGAAGGCAAAACCUCUGUUAAUGUUAAGGCUAAGUGUCUUCAAACUGAUGAGAUAAUAGAGUUAAAUGGAGACUUACUUGUUGCGGCAGAUGGGGGUCAAUCUACAAUCCGCAGGAUUCUUCUUCCUGACCUGAAAUUGAGGUAUUCUGGUUACUGUGCUUGGAGAGGGGUUCUUGAUUUUUCAGGAAAAAGGAGUUCAGACACUGUUACAGGCCUUAAAAAGGUUUAUCCUGAUCUCGGGAACUGCUCAUACUUUCACCUUAGUAGUGGAAGUCAUAGUGUGCUUUACGAACUUCGCAAGGAAGAGCUCAAUUGGGUUUGGUAUGUUCAUCAUCCUGAGCCUGAACUGAAGGGAAGUUCAGUUACCAUGAAAGUAAGUAGUGAUAUGAUAAAUAAUAUGUACCAAGAAGCAGAGAAGGUCUGGCCUCCUGAGUUUGUGAAAGUGAUGAAAGAAACACAGGAGCCUUUUCUAAAUUUUAUAUAUGAUUGUGAUCCUCUAGAACAGAUUGUUUGGGAAAAUGUGGUACUAAUUGGAGAUGCUGCACAUCCCACAACUCCUCAUGGUGCAAGAAGUACAAAUAUGGCAAUUGCAGAUGCUGCAGUAUUGGGUAAAUGUCUUGGGAAGUGGAGAGUGGAAAAUUUACCUUCAGCUCUUGAAGAGUAUCAGCAUCUUCGGCUGCCAGUCACCUCAAAGCAAGUCUUACAUUCCCGACGAAUGGGUCGAAUCAAACAAGGCUUAUCUCUUCCUGACCGUAAACCUUUUGAUCCUAAAACAGCAACUCCAGAAGAUUGUGAAGAGCUUCAAGAUAAAAAUAUGCCUUUCUUUGCUGGUGUUCCUGGCUUGGAUGGUCGAUGAUUUACCAGUUGAUCUGGAAGUUUAAACAUGUUCUGUACAAAUAUAGAGUUAUUAAUGAAAAAGGCUUGGCGAGCUUCUCAAGUCGUAUGAUUAAACUUAAAAUCAGAACCAAGUCGAAUGAUUAAACUUAAAUUUAAUGGCGCUACUGCCAGAAUAGACAGCAGGAGCUCUGUGGCAAUUGUGGGUAGAAAUAGUGAUGGUAUCGUGGUCUGGUCCGUGGCAAGGCAGGUUGAGCAUAUUUGCGAGCCUGAGUUGUCGGAGGCGAUGGCUUCUGACUCUUGAGACGACUGUAGAAAAUAGCAUGUCCAAGUAAUAGUGGAAGGGGAUGCCAAAGCCAUCAUUGGGGCCGUAUGUUAGUCUCAAACUAUUGUUGAUGAUUGUAAGAUCAUCCCUGAGCAUUUUAAUGCCAUAUUUCUGUGCCUCGUCUACGUAAUUGGGUGGCUCAUAUGUUUGCCAGGCAAGUUCUGUUGGAUGAAUUCCUGUUAUGGAACUGCCAAGCACAACUUGUGGGGCUGGCUAACUUCAUCACUUGUAACUGUCCAAGAAAAACUUCGUCACUUGUUACUGUCCAAGAAAAACUUCGUCACUUGUAAGGAUAUUCCUUUUUCUUUUC